ACGUGCGCGCUCCCUCACAAAUCGAACGCAUUUCUUUCCAGAAGCAAGAUGCCGCGCGCCCUCACACGUCAGUCUUUGCCAUUGUUGUAAGAAUGCCAGCCAAGGACGGCAGCUGCGCUGCGUAGGAGGAGCUAGCGGCGUGUUUCCGCUAAAGAACAGGCCGAGGCGGCGAUCGAUGCAGCCCAACUGCUAGCUACCGGAUAGUUAGGAGCUAACGCAGGAAAUUGCUUAACUACAGUUUACUACGGCUUUAUUACCUGGAAGCCGCGGUUUUACCUUUCGGUUCGGGAACAAGAACGGGCGGCAGCGAUGGAAGCCGAGUUUUGGGAAAUCGACGAAAAUGGGACCUGGAACUCCGUUUAUGAGGACAUUCGCCAGCAGUCCUGUGAAUUACCAUGCAAGGUUGCCAAAUUUCCUGAAAACAAGACUCGAAACCGUUACCGGGACGUCAGCCCCUUUGACCACAGCAGAAUCUGCCUGCAGCUGGGUUCAAACAACUACAUAAACGCCAGUCUAAUAACUGCAGAAGAAGCGCAGAGGAAAUAUAUUCUCACUCAGGGACCCCUUCCAAGUACAUGUGGUCAUUUCUGGGAGAUGGUUUGGGAGCAGAGGACCCGCGGAGUCGUGAUGCUGAACCGGGUCAUAGAGAAAGGCUCCAUCAAAUGUGCCCAAUAUUGGCCUCAGAGAGAGGAGAAAGAUGUCAUCUUUGAAGACACCAACUUCAAGGUCACUCUCGUCUCAGAGGACAUCAAAUCGUACUACACAGUCCGACAGCUGGAGCUGGAAAAUCUGUCUACUCAGGAGAUGCGUGAAAUUUUACAUUUUCACUACACGACCUGGCCUGACUUUGGGGUCCCAGAGUCUCCAGCCUCCUUCCUCAACUUCCUCUUCAAGGUGCGCGAGUCGGGCUGCCUGAAUGCGGAGCACGGGCCGGUGGUGGUGCACUGCAGCGCUGGGAUCGGACGCUCCGGGACCUUCUGUCUCGUGGACACCUGCCUCCUUUUGAUGUCUCUCCGUAAAGACCCGUCUUCGGUGCGGAUUCGUGAAGUGCUGCUGGAGAUGCGUCGUUAUCGAAUGGGUUUGAUACAAACGCCAGACCAGCUUCGCUUCUCCUACCUCGCCGUGAUUGAAGGUGCCAAGUACAUCAAAGGAGACACUUCUCUCCAGGAGUCAUGGAAAGAGCUGUCGAAUGAGGAAGAUGAUCCUCCGGAGUUCACCCCGCCGCCUCCUCUCCCUCCUCCCAGAGACCCUCACAACGGCCGAGUGCAGCCAUGUUUUUUCCCAGAUGACGUAGACUUCAUCCAGCGUGAGGAAACUUCCCAACUGAGGUCUACAGCAGACACAGAGCUUAGGAACAGAAACCCAGGCGCCCCAGAGCCGCCUCCGGACAGACAGGACGGGCCUGUGGGAAUCGAAGACCUGAACCCCGGCGCUCCGAGGAAAUCCCAGCAGGGGGCGACGGCGGAGGACGGGACGGAGGGAGCAGAGCGGGAGAAGAAGGGAGCCUGUCCGGUGCCGGGGGCCUGGUCCCCUCUGACGGCCCACGUGUGCCUGGGCACGGCGCUGGCCCUCGGCGCUUAUGUCUGCUAUCGCGUCUAUUUCCACUGAUGUCUGACCUUCCUCCUUCCUGUCACCUUUUUUCUUUUGUUCCAUGAUUUGGACUCGGCUGGCCGGUCAGCCUGUGUCGACGUGGUUCACCUGUGAUCAUAUUGUAAACGGUCGGCUGCCUCUCUUUACCCAAAACCUUCUUUGUGUGUACGCCAUCUCUGACGCUCAGGGCCUCGCUUUUUCAGGUGCCACAUCCAAUAUAAACGUACGUGUGUGUGUGUGUGUGUGUGUGUGUGUGUGUGUGUGUGUGUGUGUGUGUGUGUGUGUGUGUGUGUGUGUGUGUGUGUGUGUGUGUGUGUGUGUGUGUGAGUGUGUGUGGGUCUGUGAGUGUGUGCGUGCGCCGACCCAAACGCAGACGCAACAUAAAACAGACGUCAGUCUGCUAAGGCGAAGGGGUUUGACUUGAGCACCUCUGCCUGAUUUACACGCUUCUUCUUUCUUAUUUACCAAAAUGACACCUUUGAAUGUUUUUCCAUUUUUAUCCUAAACAUGUUUAGUAACAGACUGAUCAUGAUUUUGAUCAAGCUGGACUGAAAACAUGUCACUAAGGGAGAAGGUUUGUUCACACAAAGAGUUUAUGAAUGAAGUGUGGACACUAGUUAUGCUUUUUGUACGACGGGGUAUUAGGGCCGCUCUUGGAAAAUUGUUUAAAAAUUACGAGAAUAAAGUCGUAACAAUAUGACUUUAUUCUUUUAAUAUUACAACUUUAUUUUUGCAAUAUUAUGAUGUUCUCAAAAUAUGACGACUUUAUUGUCGUAACAUGAUCUUUACUCUUGUGAUUUUAUUUUUCUUAGCACGGCCCUAAUAUUUGUACAUUUGUGAAUACAUUCAGUGGAAAAUAUAGAUAGUUCCCACAUGACGUCACAUUUCCUGGUGCUCUGCCGCCAUCUUGAUAGUUCAGAGGCAGCGUGAACACUUUAUUAAUUAUGCAUAAGUGAUGUUUGGAUAUUGUUACAUUUACUGUUUUACAAAUGCGAUGAAACAGUAAAGAGGUUUUCAUUACAUCCUGUAAAGGUGAGCAAACUUUGCUACUCAUGUUGCGUUCCAGUUACCUGGAAAAAGGUUCAGAAGUCUGUAUUUUAACAUGGCGUCGCUCAUAAACAUGGUUUGCAAAAACUCUUGUGAACAUAAAUUUAAGCUUCACUUCCCAAAAGUAAAACUUAAGGUUUUUCAAAUGGGAAACUGAACCAGUGGCUGGUUAAUGUCCAGAGGAAACACAGUUCAUACAAUACAACACGUAUUUUGCUCUGAUCGCUUUGUUAGUGGUAAUAAUAUUUUCAAAUGUCCAGUCAGUUAUAACGGCAUAUUGAACUGAUUGUUGUAAAAACGUCCUUUUGACAGAAAACCUGCAGUUUCAUGACUGAUUUAUUUGAACAAAGUAUGAAACGUAACUAUAAAGUGAGGACGUCCAAAUACAGUUUCUCUACUCUUGAAAAAAUCCAAAUUACAUCUAAUUUAUUUUUACAUUCCAGUUGUUUAUUAUGCAUCACAAAUAGCUGAUAGUAGAGAAAGAAGCAGAAGGCUGUACAUUGUUGUUAAUAAUCAGGUUUUCAUCUUAUUAAAAUAAUUUUUGCCGUUUUUUCACGCUUACAUUCACAUUGGUCGCUAAAGAAAGAGACGGAUCAGUUUUAUUCACAAGUACAGAAACCCGAUCAUAUCAUUGAAAACACAAAUGACUUGUUGACUAUUUUCAUAAGAUGUGUUAAAGCUAGACACUGAACUCGUUCUCCUGAAGAGUAGAAAAAGAUGCAUAUAGACUAAUUUAAGCAUCGGUAAUUCUGUGCACCGGUCGACUUCCAAGAUGGCGCAUUCCGGGGUAACUUGCAUCCGGUCCGGUCUUGUGGGAACUAUCUAUUAAUGCAACAUUUACAGUAAGUACUAGACGCAUUUUUUUUUUUUUUUUGGGUGACGUGUCUACAGUUUCCAGGCAGAAUCGUGUUAUUUUAUUUUUAUCCUGAGAUGGAUCACAAUACAUGGCUCCACAUACUAUCCAUAGUUUCACAGUCGAUGUAAAAGCCUCACCUGAAGGUAGCUGACAUGCCUUGUAAAGCAAGCGAAAGGUCAGAGUAGC